AUGGCAUCGCGCUUCGGCAGGUUGAAAUGGAACGGCGACGUGCAUCUCCUCUUCAAUUGCCUUGACACUGAUGGGGCGCGUGCGGGUGGACGGCGGAAUAUCUCACACCAGGAGAUCUUCUUCUUGGACUCUUGGGAGGUCAAGGAGGAGGAGAUGCGAGCGCACGAGGAGACCAAAAUCGACCACAAGAAGGGCGAGAAGGGCGACAGUCCGACGAGUCCACAGCGGGAGGAGAUUCUGCAACUGAUCCCGUCUAAGAGCGAAAAGUAUGUGGGGAUGCCCCUGAUGCCGCCGCCGAAAGUGGAUCCUUAUCCCUUGCCACCUUUGAAAGUGUCGAAGUCAACCCCGACGUUGACCGAGAAACAAUCUCGGCCCAAGCCGAAGGCAAAACCACCAUGCAAAUUCCUGCAGCGGCUGCUCAAGGAGUCGGGUGCCGAAGGAUUGUUGCGCUAG